UCUCUUAUUUCUUUCUUUCUCUCUCUCUCUCUCUCUGUCUCUCUCUUUCUAAUAAAAACGUCUUUUUUUAUUAACAAUGCAAACGAGUUUUGACAAUGUGCUAAGUCCCGACUUCAGUGAACCUUUGCAAUACUUUGAUGCUUCACCUCCAUUGUCUCGAACCACGCCACCCAUUUAUGCAGACGAUCCUUGGAACUCCUCUUCAUUUGAAGAUGCUGAGCCGGAUAUGCCUCAUUAUUUUGUAGCCAACGAUAGUGAACAGCAUAAGACACUCUUUGGAUCCAACCUAACAGCAGCCAAUGUUCUACUGGGUGUAGAUAUUCCAGAUACUUAUAACGACAUAUAUAGUAAAUCCAACCCUCAAGAAGAGAAAAUUGAUGUGAAAUCAUUAGAGUUGAUCCUGGUACAAUUAUCAGGAUUACCCCUUCAUCUUCGACAACAGGUCAUGCGUUUAGUUACAGCUCCUGAAGAGGACAUGGUUACACGGAAUGAGUUUAACGCCUUUCUGGCUUUAAUCGCUUGCGCUCAGAAAAAUAUGGAAAUCUCGCUUGAAACGAUCUAUCAUCAUAGGAAUGAUUUACCUAUACCUACAUUGACGCAUCUUGAAACAUUUAAUGUGAGAGAGAUGCUGCAACCACCUGCGAUGAAGCAAGAUACGACAGAAAAUAAUGAAGUGACGGCACCUGUGCUACGACACAAUGAAGAACAAGAAGCCAUGAAUCAAUGGUUCCGAGACCUGGAUCAUAUCACUGUAUCACGUACUUCGGAAAAGGAAGGGUUUUUAUUCAAACAUGUCAAUUAUGAAGUCGAGAGUGAAAAAUUGGGAUCCAAAGUACUACGAAGGUUUAGUGACUUUUAUUGGUUAUGGGAAGUCCUGUUAAAACGUUACCAAUUCCGAAUUCUGCCCAAUCUGCCACCUAAGAAACUUGGAGGAAGAGACGAUGUAUUUGAGGAAAGAAGAAGAAAAGGAUUGGUACGCUUUAUAAAUGCCGUGAUUCGACAUCCUGUGUUGGGAAAAGAUGACGUGGUGGUGGCCUUCCUAAGUCAUCCCUCCGAAAUGAGUUCAUGGAGAAGAGCAAAACAACCUCCAUUGGACGAAGAAUUUGUUCAAACAUCACAUAAUAUUGCUCACCUCGAACGAUUAGUCCCCAUGGAUCUCGACGACCGUAUUUCUCGCAUCAAGAAGCGGCUGGCCGUGUCCAUUCAACAAUAUGAACACAUGUGCUUUAUCAUGAAUCAAAUGAAUCGCCUGAAAAAGGCCUUGGGGACAGACUAUAUUCGAUAUAGUGUCACACUAAACUCAGUGGGUGAAUUGGAUAAGCAUUGUUGGGUACCUGGUUGUCAGGGAUGUCCUCAAGUGGUGCGUGGUUACGGUAGUCUUGCAAAAUCGUUACAUCAAGCGGGUGUGAUACUAAAUAAGCAAGCGAUUGCCACGGGGGAUAGUAUUGUGGAGAGUUUAAAGCGACAACGCGAUGUGUUGGAGUCCUUUAAGGAAUUAUUGGAUCGUCGUGAAAGAAACAGCCCGAUUCCCAACGAAGUGUUGGCAAGGCAAAUUGCACGUUGCAAUAAGCGGGCAGUAACACAGGUGGAGGGGUUGACAUUGUCACAACAGCGCGAUAUUUUUAUUAAGUACUGCUUUAUUGCCGAAUUAUCUUACCUCCAUAAACAGCAAGCAAGCGUGGCUGUCAUGUACAAUACAUACGUACGUGAUGAAGUCCGAUAUGCGAGACAAUGGAGCGAGCAUUGGAAAAAUCUAGAGGUAUUCACGAGCGAAAUGCCAAACACACCACAUGAAUUUUUGUAGACAUUUUUUUUUUUUUUUUUUUGUAAAUGUUGAAGGUUUAUAUAUUUUGAAACAAAGUGCAUAAAGAAAAAAAAAUAAAAAGAUUUUCC